AUAUUCAAAUUUUCUGAGACAGUCCUGUAUAUAUUUUUUAUUUUUAAAAACAAAAAACUCUUUAUGCCUUGGUUAAAGUUAAAAAACAGAUGCAAGUGUUACCUGUUCUGAGACUGCUGUUGAGGACAACUUUUCUGGUGAGGCCUAUUGUUUACAGGAUUUGGAUUUAAAUAGAUAAAAUAAUGCCUUUCCUUUUUGAUGAUUGGGACAAGGACUGUCGUUCAGUUUGGCCUUCAGAGUAGUGGAGCUGUUUUGAUUUCUUUUUUUUUUUUUUAAAUCAAAUCUGUGUGUCUCUUCUGGUUUAUUUGUAAUAUCCUUUGACACAAGAAUCUACAUUCUAGGUAAACAUGCCAAACAUUCCCCCUUCACACACGCUGUCUGCACAUCAUGUAGCGUCAGGCCGAGGCCAGGAGGCAGGCUUGCUUUUGGUGGGAGGACAGAAGGAGGAUAUAAAAGCAUUUGUGGGGCUGAGACUAACGGAAGCUUGUGUGACGAUGAGGACGAAGUGGACACGUCAAGUGUGCGUCCUUCUACCCAACAAGCAGCGCCUGGACUGUCGUGUCAGGGUGAAAGCCAGAGGUCAGGAGGUGUUAGGCAUCGUGCUGAGGCGGCUCAGUGUCAGCGAUCUCCAAGUGUUUGGUCUGGCUGUUCUCAGAGAAAAUGAAUAUCUUUUUCUGGAUUUGGACCGAAAGCUGAACAAGUACUUUGGCAAAAAAUGGAGCAGGGACUCUUUAACGGUCCCGUUCACCUUAUUUUUGAGGGUGCGAUUUUUUGUGGAAAGUGGGCUGCUAAUAUUGAGCAGUAAAAUGCAGCAGCUCUACUACGCUGAGCUGAGGCAGAAGGUGCUGCGCUCACAGAGCCAACACCAGGAAGCUCUGUUCUUCCAGCUGGCCGCUUCUGCGCUCCAGGCCGAGGUGGGAGAUCUGCUGCAGAGAGAGGAGGAUGGAGGUGGAGGAGAGACGAAAGAGGAGAGGAUGCUUACACAUUACUUUCUUCCUGAAGAUUACUUCCCUUCUUGGCUCAUAAAGCGCAGAGGGAGAGACUACCUUCUCAAACACUGUCCAGUUCUCCAUGGCGAGCUGAGAGGGGCGUCACGCAGCCGAGCCAUCCUGCAGUUUAUCAGACAGGCCAGCGGCCUGGAGGACGGAGCAACGACCUUCUACAGGAUGAGACAGGAGAAGAAGGAGCUGAAAAGUUUCAUUCUUCUCGGUGUGGCAGUUACAGGAGUCCAGAUUUAUCAGGAGGUAGAAGGGAAGCGAAGUGCCCUUUUUGAUUGCUCGUGGACAGAUAUUGACCGCUUUACGUUCCAGGGCCGGAGGUUUGAAAUCGCUGCCGUGGGCUCUCUGUGCCUCUCCAGACUGGUGUACUACACUCAUUCUGCCUUCCACUCUAAACACGUCCUGAAACACUUGUGUGACAACCAUCGCUUUCACAUACACACCAGAGACGCAGUCAGCUAUUUACAGCAGCUGGAAGACACGCAGGGUCAGCAAGCUUCCUCUCACUCCUACAAAGAGGCGUACAUCUGUGAUCCCAAACGCUUAAAACAGAAACUACGCUGCCACGACCUCACGUCCUCCAUGUCUGACUGCAGCGGUGCAGCAGAAGCAGUGAUGCCUUGGACCAUAGAGGAGGAGGAGGAGGAGGAUGAAGGUUCUCCAUCAGAAGCCAAGCUGUGGUUGGACGAAUCAGAGGAAGCUUUUGUUGACGACCCAGCCGAGGUGUCCUGGUUGUCAGAGCUGCUUUAUGGCGCGUCUGUGGAUGGACCUUUGUUGUUAUCCACAUCUCCCUGGGCAGGUUAGUCCCAGGAUCACCAUCUGAGAAAAACUUUGAAUGAUUGAAUAAAUGCAUCAUAUGACCGAACAUCUUGUUUCUCAAUCAGCGUUGACCAUGGAAAUGAGACAGGUUCUGUGGGAGAGAACUGGUGAAGAGGCGUCUGUGGACUAAUUUACAGCCAGUGAUACGAGGACCUCAUGAAGACUAGUUCUGCGGCUGAAGACUAGGAGACAAUUAUAAGUGUUUGUCUUACUGACAUUUAAAGAGAACUACUAAUAAACAUCAAAAUAAUGAAAAUGUUAAAUGUACAAUCCAUGUGGUGCACUCUGUAUGAUGUGUAUACAACUACACAAAAUGUUUCAGUCUUCAAUUU